UAUAGCAGCAACCUUCUUAAAAUCCUUACGCACUCUAUCUAUAGUAAUAAUAAGGCUAAGAAACUUUGUCUUAGUUACUACAAAUUCGCUUUUUUUAAUAUCUGCUUGUAGUUCUACUUCUUUAAGGCGUUGUAGUACUUGUGCAACGUAAGCCUUGUAUUUAAGAGAAUCUUCUAAAUAGAUUAAGAUAUUGUUAAAAUAGGUAGUGUAGGUCUUGUCUAGUAGGCUAUAGAGUACUUUGUUAAUAUACUGCUAAAAGGUAGCAGGUCUGUUGUAGAGACUAAAGAGCAGUACGCAGUACUUAAAGUUGCUAUAUUAUAUAUAGAACGUAGUUAAAUCCUCUACCUUUUCUAUAAGUCUAAUAUAAUAGAAGGCUUGUUAGAUAUUAAGUUUUGUAAAUACUUUAGCACAAGCUAGUUAA